GUCUGUCUGAAUUUGACGACAUUGCACUUUUAUGCCAUUGAGGACAGCACCUUCAUAACAGGAAAUAUCCUUAACUGGCUUCGCAGAGGGCUAGGCGUCUUUUGUUUUAGUCAUAACCACAUCCUUCAGUCAUAUUUUCGUCACAAGCACUCUGACUGUGCAUGUAGAUCAGUAGAUUGGCAUAUUAAUGGCAAUGCUUAUGCAAUGUACAACUGGUAUUUGACUGAGAACAGAAUUUUAAAUUUUCAUUCAAAUUGAAUAUUUUUGCAAACCUGUUCAAUGGGAAUAUUAUCAAGUUUGCAUGUGGGCUCUGUACAAUGCAUCUGAGCAGGGCUGACUGCAGAUUCGUACCUUGUUCCUCCAUGAUGGCUUUAUGGCAAGCCAUAGCCUUGCUUGUAAUUUGUGGACUUACUGAGUGCAGUGUUGCUUUGAGAAGAAAUGCUACCGCUUCUGUAUCUCGAACGACCACAUUUCCUCUCACAUCACUGUUUGCAGAUGAUGGCGUGUGCAGCGUGACCUGUACCACAGACUUCAUCUCCAUGCUGAACUGCUCUAAUUCUGACUCGGCAGGAGCAGCUUCGUGUCUCGUUGAGGCUGAUUGCAGGGAUGAAUAUCUUUCUGCGAAUGGGAGCUGCAGUAUCAAAUCCCCACAAUCCUGGUGCACAAUGGAACCAAAUGAUGUGGAUUGUAUUAUGUCCUAUGAUACUAACUGCUCUAUCAUAGUAACACAAAUGGCCAAACAAGGCAACAUGGAGACCCCUACAAAGAGUCACUCUGAAACAAUACUUUUAUACAAAUUUGUUAAGCCAAUAAAACCUUUCAACUUAAAUAUUAAAAAAAUUGAUGAUGCCUUCAACCUCACUUGGGAUGUGGCUUAUACGGGUCAUGAACUGUGUACAAAAUUAUACUACAGAGUACGAUUACGAUCUAAAAGUGACCCGGAUGAGAUGGCGAAAAUUUACCCGCUGCAGCAGAACCAACAAUCAAUGGUUAUCAUCAGUAAAAAGCUCCUGCCAGGAAGGCAGUAUGAGGCAGACGUUCAGGUUGCUGUGGAUCCUAAAUGGUUCACAUCUAUGUGGAGUGAGUGGAGCAACAGUGUUGAAUGGACAUCUGAUUCUGAACACCCAGAGUCAGAACAGUACUAUUUCCUGCUGUUGGCACUUCCUGUUUUGGUGGUGGUGCUACUUGUGUCCAGUGCGAAAUUAGGGGGCAUCAAAAAGUUAUCCUUAUGGCAACACAUCCCAAGCCCUCAUGAGUACUUCACACCACUCUACCAUACAUAUCAAGGAGACUUUAAGAAAUGGGUAGGACCAGUCCUGACCUUCAACAGCUUUGAUGUCCUUGAGAAGAGCACUACUUUGCAGGUGCUUUGUGAGAAGCAGCAGAAUGAAAGCUCAGAGGAACCUGCUAGCAGUGGUCCAGUGGGUCAAAACUCAUCUAAACUCUACUUCCUUGGAAGCAAAAGUCAGAGCAUCGCACACUCCGGCGGCCACAUAUCGAUAGACACCGUUACAGUGUCCGGUCAGGAGGGUGUCGUGGCCGACUGGUCCGGUGACAGCCACAGACGGAGCCUAAAGGACUUCCUCAACGACAAAGACGCCAAUCAGAGAGCGGCUGAGAUCGAUGCAAGGCAGCCUCUUAUACCUGAUGGCAGGAGGAGUUUACAGGGUUCAGACUGUGAUGACUGGCAUCUACAGGAGCACGACCUGGAGAACAUUGAGCAAGUCUCGCUAGACUCCUACGUUUCUAAUGAGCAAUCCGAUGAUGGUUACCCACAAAUGGGAUUGGAUUUGGACACCAUAGACAGUGGAUUUCUGGAGUCAGACUGUUCCAGCCCCUCAGCAUUUGAUGGGAACGAGCAAAUAGACACUUCAUCACUGGAUGGCGUGGGUCGCUCCCAUUCCAAUUAUGUCAAACAGUGGGUGACUUUUACAUCAGUUCAAGUUGAUGCCCACAGCACUGGAAACUAGCUGUUCAUGGGCGCUUCGAUUGCUACAUCAAACUAAAUCAAUCACAACUGAAUAAUGAACAAUAGAAAGUGGAAGCAUCUACAAAAUGUAUGAAGACCUCACUGGUUGCACCUAACUUGCUCACAGUUUUUUUGUUACACUGAACUGUAUUUGUGGCAUAAUGACAUAAAUAGACUCAUUAGACAUCAGCUGUGCGAUUGUUCACAGGACAUUGGUCUACUGUACAUUACGACUGCAGGACAGUAUGUAUGGCCUUAUCUCGAUUUGCAAACUAUCAUUCCUUUAGGCCUAUAGACGUUGGUCAGGGUAGCGCCAUAUUUAAUAUUUUACAGGAUUGAAAAUGAGGCUGUGAGAGACUGAAGUACAUUGCGUUCAAAGGAUUGUACUGUUGUUUAACAAUAUACCAAUUGUUCAGCCAACGAAACAUCUUAA